AUGCAUGACAGCAAGCUUCACUUUCAUGACUACAAAGCCACGCCAGAUCGCUGCCAUGCAUGUGCUUCCUUCAUUCAAAGCCCUGUCCUGGCCAUGUUGAUCAAAGAGUUAGGCGCCUUGGCUUUACAGGAGCGUAAUUUCACGUUGGACAUUUUGUCCUACACCUCAUGUGUUGGUAUGCCGGCCAAGCGGCCCUUGCCGUUGUCCGACGCAGCUUUGGGUCACAAAGGUGAAGGUGCGACAGGCGACAUGACGAAUCAGUCAAUCGGCGAGACCAACGCGCCUCUGACAGUGGCUCCCUGCCCAGCUUCAGGCCGAGCUGCCGGCGAUGGAUUGUUACUUUCGGUGGCUGCUCCCAAGCAGGCGCCUGCCUUGGACAUGCCCUACAGUCAUCAGGGCAACCACUUCCAAUCGCCUUAUGGCUCCCUUUUUGGACCCGGUGUCGACUCCGCUGGAGCUCUGGGCGCCGAGUUCGCGCGCUUGGCCCUGGGCAAAGCGGACAGUGAUGAUGAGGAUGAGGACUCGGAGGCCGAGCGGCAACAGGCGCGGUCCUCGGCCGCGCUGGCCGCCUCGGGACGAACCAUCGAGACGGCGCCGAAGCCGCCGCCGGGGGCGUUGCAUCCGUCGAUGGGCUCUGCCUUUCAUGAUAGCGGGAAUUGCAAAAGAUGUUGCUUCUAUCCUCGAAACAGGUGCUUGAAUGGCUACGAGUGUGAGUUUUGCCACUACGAGCACGAGAAGCGAAAGCGCAAAAACAAAAAGAACAAGAAGAAAAAGGCUGAGGCUCAGCCGGGUGAAGUUGCACAUCUGAAACCUUCUUUGACCAAUGACCUGGCUUGGCCGAACCUGCCGCCCAUGCCCAUUCCACCGUGCCAUGGACCACUGCCGCAUCCGCCGCAUCCUCCGCAUGCGAUGCAUCCAGCAUGCCCUCCAUACAUGGAUGCCCCUCUUACGUACCAGUGGACCGAUGGGAUGCCAGGUCAAACGCCAGCGCCUCCCAUCAUCCCAGGCUAUGAAGAGUAUGUCGCUGCUUGCUGCAGCCGGCGCCUGCCGGGUAUCGAGCCACCAGCUCUGGCCACCAACCCUCCACCGCAGGCCCCUUACUUCGAUGAUCGUGCGCCCGGCUACCCCUUUGAGCCUCCCCAGCUACCGCCCUACUAUGGAGCGCCUGCGCCCACGGCUGGCGCUGGUGCUGGGGCUUUGGAUCCUGCUGCAGCUCCAUGGGUGCCACCUACUUCACCCUACACACCUGCACAAGCAAGCAAUGCAAAGACUCAGCCUUCCAGAGACACAGAGGAAGGCGCUUCUUCGAAGCUUUUGGGGACCUCUCUCUCUCCGCCCUUGGAGGCAGCUGAGGUUGGACAAGCUUCAAUGCCACAAACGAGCAGUGGACUGCCUGAAAAAGAGGCUUCGGACACUCCUCUUCCGCUCAACUUGGAGCCCAACAUGCCGCCACCAGAUUCAUCUCCGAAGCUCAACUCCGAUUUGGUGGCUUUGCAGAAUCCUCCGCCACCAGAUCAAAGUCCUACAUUGCCGACAUGA